GAUCAGCUGAGCUGCAGCCGAAGGAAGCCGGAGGCUACCGGGCGGGAAGGUACGUGGCGCAGAAAAGUCUUACGGCCUUCGCCAUGGGCCCCAGGAGUACAGAGGGCUGGACUAGUGCCGUCGCCUCUUUCCGCUCAUGCCCCACAGCCUUCCUCUCUGCGUAUGGGGCCAGCGACACCUUUGUAGUCGAACUGUUGCAGGAGCUGCGCAGUGAAAAGCUGGGGGAGCAGAUCAAGGUCUCCAUGUUGUCACUCCUCUUGGAAUACCCCACUCUGUUGUGCCCAGAUGCCAAGGCAGGGCAAGAGGCCGCAGCAUCCUUGCUGUCCUUUUUUGCCCAACUGGGUUCCUCACCCAGACUGCCGUCUCUGCGGUGCCACUUGCUUUUCACGACGGGGACUGUGCUACUGGCCACAGAUGCCUUCAGCGAGGACUGCCAGACUUCCCAUGAAUAUCUUACUCUGCUAUUCCACCUGGCUUCAGACCUCAACGACCGGCAUGGAGGGCCAGUGGAGAGACCCCUACGGGUAGCUGCUUGUGAGUGCCUGAGAGAGGUGGAGUGUUGCCACCCUGGGUUGCUGUCGCAGCGCUUGGAGACCUUACAUUCCUUGCAGCAACAGGAAACCUCUCCAGCCCAUCAGGGUUACACCUUGCUCUACAGCUUGGCUCUACGGAACGCAAUCUUCCUGCUUGCUCGGCGUGGCCAGGGAACCCUGGGGGAGCUUCUGGCAGGCAGUGGGGGUCUGGUGUGGGGGGCAAGAAAGGAGCUGGCUGACCUGCCUUUGGCUGCUCUCGACCAGCUGUUCCUGCUGCCUUCCUCUGGGGAUCUCAAGGAGUUGAAAUCAGUGGUCUCGGCUCUGUUGGACAGCUCCUAUCUUUUGUCCCCAGCCGCUCAAAGCCACCUCCUGUGGCACUUGGGCCAAGCUGUGAGUGUUGUACGCACCCAGUCUCCUGCCAUCUUCAAAGCCCAACUGGUGCGCCUCUUUGGGACAGCAGACCUAGCGCUGCUGCAUGCCAUAUUGCAACUCAAGUCCCUCUUCACGGACAGCCUCUUUACUCCUGAAGACGAGGCUUUCUUGCUUCGCCGCUUGGUGGGCAUGGCCCAACACCCAGCUUUGCCCGCCCCAGUGAAACUCUUCCAUCUGGACUGUCUCUUGCACUUCCCUGAGAACCGGCCACUGGGCUCGGGCAACGAGGAGGGCCUGCCAGUUUUGCUCACGCCUCGCACUAUUUCUGGCCUUUUCCCUGGCCUCUUCCAGGAUCAGGGCACUGUCUUGGCACGGCUGAACUUGCUGUGUCUGGUGUGUAUGGAUAGUGAAGGGCCUGCUGCUGAACAAGGGAUGGGCUACCUCUUGGAGCAUGUGCUGGCUCUGGGAGGGUUGGUGGCUGGGAACGGUGGGCAGGAGGCCUCUCGGCUCUUUUUCCGAGCAGUAUUUCUUUUUUCCCGGUACUUUGGCUCACGGACGCAACCCAUGACAGAGCUGACCCAUUGCCUCUUGGACCUCUAUCGUCAGAACUGUGCUCUGGCACCAAAUGUUAUCAACCUUUUGGAUGAAGUGUGGGCAGUGCUGGAAGGGCCCAGUUGGGCCGGUUCUUUUGCUCACGCCUUGCAAGAGCUGAUUGUGGGGUUACCCUUACAAGAGAAGGAGCUGAGCUGGCAUCUCAGAGUCUUAGCCAGGUUGGCAAAGGAGAAAGACAUUCCUCAAAGGAGCACUAUGCAGUUCCUGAGACGUUUGAUCGCUGUGGAUCAACUUGGGGACUGGCGCUCAGGACAAGUUCUCUUGAGUGUCUGCCGGAAUUUGAUGCAGCUGCAACCCCUGCCUGCUCCCUCCCACCUAGCGGAUCUCCUGCAGGCUGUCUCCCUCUGCCAUGUGGAUGUAGAUGUCCGAGACCGGGCUCGGUUCUAUUACACCUUGCUGACCAACCUGUCUGAUGAGAAACUUGGGGCUGUGCUGGUCCCUCAGGGCCCUGUAAAAGCCCGGACACUCUCCUCUUCCAUUGUGGCUGACAGUGAGAGCUUUGUGGCUUCUCUGACGGUGCAUCCAGCGGAGCGAGCCCCUAUGCGGCUGGAGAGAGUAGGGAAGAGCAGUGACGUGCCUGCAGCCCUCAGCCCUGAGCAAGAUGUGGAUAACUAUUGCCAGUGGUUGCUGGAGCCGCGGCCCCCCUCGCAGCUCAGUUUGACAUACCAGCUGGUCCACUUGGGUCCCCCGAGUCCUCCCUGGGAUCUCUUGCUCUGUGUGGUGCUACGCUUUGUGUGUUCUGACCAGCAUUACGAGCCUGUGCCAGAGCUGUGUGUGCCUUGCCUCUCAGCACAUCACCCGCCCCGGACUCUGACCCUGACGCUGCAGCCACGUUGCCCCUAUCCCACGCGGGUCAACAUCUUUGCAGUGUAUACAACGCACAAGGGCCUCACCUACUGCAGCCAGCUGGAGCCGUUGGAAGUAGCUUUCCCCGAUCUUUUUUUGCCCCUGAUGGUGCCAGCCUGGCCUACUGAGAAACGACAUCAUUUCUUUGGGGCUUUUUGGCACCGGCUUCACCCGGACAGCAACGAGGCUUGUGCCGAGAGCCUCGUCUGCUUGCCUGUGCCUCCUCAGUCUCUGGGGCGCUUGGUGCAGGAUAAUUUUGCCAGGUACAUUCUAGCAGAACAGUCGGGCUCUUAUGAAAUUGGCAUGGCUCUGCCCCCACAGUACCACAUUCUGUUGCAAGUGCAGAGCACUGAGGACUCUGCCCGGGUAAAUAUUCGGACAGACAACUGGAAGCUGCUGCCUUCAUUAAACAACUACUUGCUGGGUCUAGUAGAGGCCAGCUGAGGGGCGAGGGGAGCUGUUGGCUGAACUUCUGUGGGAGAUGCGUGAAUGUGAAAAUAGUUCUAAAAAAAUAAAAUCUUUUUGCAAGACAGCUGUGACCCAAGUUGGGUGAGGAAGGAAAAGUUUUGAGCUGGGUUAGGGGAAGCGUUUUGGAAAAGGGACUGCAAAGGCAGAGCACCCCAGCAUACCACAAGGUAUGUGGUGGCUGUACCAUGGUUCACUGAAAGCAUCAACAACUUCUCUCUGUGCCUCCCAUAUAAAGGAAAGGCCUGUAAUGAUACGGAGAUCGUUGUGUGCAGUCUCUGAUUUGUAGUGGUUUCUGUGUAUCUCCCUGAAAACCUUUAUAUAAGUUGAUGGCGAGCUUCCAAACUACACCAGGGUUUUAAGAUUUGGGGCCCUGGACUUUGGGAGGAUCAGGUGCUCCCAAUGCCAUUAUUAAA